GUUAUUUUAACAGUUUUUACCUCAUAUUUUACCUUAUAAGUGUGUAAUAAAAGUGCGUUGCAGACAUGGCAAAUGACAGACCGUUAGCUGCGCAUGAAAUUUUAGAUGCUUUAGAAAAUGUUUCUGAUAAUGAAGAAGAUUAUAGAGAACGACUGAUAUGUAUUCUACCUCCUCCUGUUGAUCCUGACUGUCUCACUGACGAAGAUUCGGGUGAAGAAGAUAAUGUAACUAUGAAUAAUUUACCACGAAACAUUCUGCUUCAACCGGCUGAAGUAAUGAUUCAAGGGCAGAUUAUGGUGAGUGAUACAGAAGAAGAACCUUCUGAUUCUACAGGUCGAACUAAACGUAGGCGGUACCUACGCAUGGAGAAAACGGGACUUGGCAAAAAAUCCCGUGAAUUGGCUAGAUGUUCAAGGCGCUUGCCAAGAUUACCGAAUUGGUAUACGAGGUAA